AUGAAGCUCUUUUCUAUCGCCUUCAUGGCUAUGCUGCCUUUGGCGCUGGCUGCCAAGUCGCUCAAAUCCGUUAUCAUCACCUUCCCCAAGGGAACUCCCUCCAGUGUCAUUACUCAAGCUAAAGACUCCCUGGUAGCCUCGGGUGGCAUCAUCACUCAUGAAUACUUUCUGAUCAAUGGAUUUGCCGCAGAGGCUCCUGUGAAUGCCCUUCAGACCCUUUCUACGGAGUCUACCGAAUAUAAACCGGUGAUCGAGGAGGACAAGGUCGUGUCCGCGAACGGGGAAUUUGUGGGUCAGGAGCAUGAUUCUUAA